AUGGUGUCAGUUACGCUCAAUGCCAUAGCUAAUGCAACUCCGCGUCUCCGGUUUCGAUUAAGCUUCCACCUUGUUCUAUCUCAGUGUCUGUUAAUAAGCAUUUUCGCUCAUGAAGCAUUUCGAUUAUGCAAUGAUGAUAACCUUCUGGCGUCAUCACAAUUUGGCUUUACAACAAUAAAUCAGGACAGCGGUAUUCAGAAGCAUCUUGGUUUUGUUCCUCAGUUAUCAACAUCGAUACUAUCAACUUCUAUCCACAUUGGUAUUGAGACAGCAAGUCAGUCCCAGCUGCUGUUGGAUAUUGUUUGUUUUGUUCUUUUUUUGACAGGUUGCGACAUUGCCAAGUUUCGUCACACGUCGACUACACAACCGUAA